AUGAAGAUCAUGGGACUACCUUCGACGACCGAGAGGCUUUCCUCCUCGUCUGCAUUAACCCUGUCGACAAGAGAAAGACACAAUGAGCCAACUAAUGCUGCUGAAAGUAAAAAAGACUCCCCAACACUGGAAACAUUUGAGGAUCAACAGGACCACGUCCUGCCGCAUAGAAAGCUAAUGGUGGUUUUCCCGAGCAUUGCCAUGGCAGAAAUGAUUGCAUUUCUAGACCAAACUAUGGUCUCAACUGCCUUGCCUGCUAUCAGCUCUGACCUGAACUUGGGCGCGUCAAUGUCCUGGGUAGCUACGAGCUUUCUGAUUGCAAGCUCCAGCAUUCAACUCAUUAACGGGCGGCUGAGUGAUAUUUUUGGCCGCAAAUCUCUGCUCCUCACUUGCAUAAGUGUUCUGGCGGUGUCCGAUUUGUGCGCAGGCUUCGCACAGAAUUCAAGCAUGCUGUUUGCCUUUCGCACUUUGGCAGGAUUGGGUGGAGGCGCAUUAACAGCACUUGUAAUGAUCAUUGCAAGUGAUAUCACGACUUUGGAGCAAAGAGGACGGUAUAAUGGGUUUAUUGGGGCCAUGAAUGCCCUUGGAAACGGGCUUGGUCCAAUAAUUGGCGGUGUCUUUGCUGAGAAAGUCACCUGGCGCUGGUGCUUCUGGUCUAUAGUACCACUCAUAGUCAUAUCCGCAAUUGUUAUUGGCUUAGUUGUCCCACCGUCUAAUGUGAAGGGCAAUGCCUGGGCCAAGUUCCGCAUGGUUGACUGGCUUGGGCUAUGCGUCAGUAUUGCUGCUGUGGUGCUUACAUUGGUCCCUAUUUCUCAAAGUGGUUCGUUAUGGGCAUGGAACAGUGUCCCCGUAAUCCUCAUGUUAACCAUAGGUGGCAUACUGGCUAUUACGUUUGUUCUGGUUGAAUGGAAGCUAUCCAGACUGCCGAUAAUGCCGAUACGCCUGUUCCAGAGUGAUUACUCCGCGAACCUCAUAUUCGUCAUGGCCACAAUGCAGGGCAUUGUGUACUACUCCAACAUAUUCUACGUACCGCUAUACUUGCAGAAUGUGCGCGGGUAUACGCCGAUAAAAUCCGGUGCGGUCAUCCUGCCAAUGGUCAUGUCUCAAGGAUUCGGCUCCUUGAUUUCUGGCCAGGCCAUCUCGCGAACUGGCCAUUAUAAAGUGAUCAUUCUCGUAGCAAAUAUUGUUUGGUUAGUCGGUGUCGCACUGCAGAUAAUGUACAACAGCACCACACCAGUGUGGGCGAUAUGCCUGAUUGGGCUUUUUGAGGGCAUCGGAAUCGGAUGUACAUUCCAACCUAGCCUGGUUGCCCUCCUUGCGCACUCUCGAAAGGCGGACCGAGCUGUGGCUAAUUCACUGCGUAAUUUCGUGCGUAUAACGGGUGGCUCUGUAGGGUUGACAGUAUCGGGAACAAUUCUUAAUAAUGUCCUGGAAUCCCGUCUUCAGGGUAUUAUUCCAUCCAACAUCAUCGCACAACUUUCAUCUUCCACCUAUUCUCUCUCCUCAUAUAACCUGACCCCGUCUCAGACUGGGCAUGUGAUUACAGCAUAUAUGGAUGGCCUGCAUGUGGUAUUUCUUAUAUUCACGCCUCUUCUUAUCCUUUGUUGUAUCUGUGCGGUUCUAAUCCAGGACCACGGGGUGGCUGAAAAGGAUGCGAGACUGGCACAGCCAUCAUUGCAGGGUGGAAGAGUUGGGCCUGACAUGGCCCAGGAACAUGAAGUUGGUCCAAUAUUCUGCCACGAAAGACACUCUGUGCAGAAUGAAAAGUGA